UUAACAACAAGCAAAUGUGAACCACCAGUGAAUAGUUAUCUACCUCCUAGCUCAGGAUCUGGAUCUGGAGGGCGACCAUCAUCCCAAUAUGGUGCUCCAGGAAGUGAUCAGGGAUCUCUUGGUGGAUUUAAUUCCGCUGCACCAAGCUUUGGUGGCCAACCAAGAGACAGCUAUAAUUCACCAGGACUAAACCCAUCCGUACCAUCUUCAGAGUAUGGAGUACCCGGACAAGGAUCUGGGUUCCCAAGAGGUGAUUCACGGGGGUCUCAAGUAUCAGGACAAGGUUUUACUCCAAGCUCUCAGUACGGAAGUCCAAAUCAACGUGGAACCAAUGGAGGUGCAAGUGGACCGUUCCGUGGACGUGGUUCAUCACAGAGACCAGAUUCUUCUUAUGGAACACCGUCAAACCAAUAUCAGUCCCCUAGCAGUACCGGUUUCAAUGGUGCAAAUUCAGACCAGGGUUCGAGGCAGUUUGGUGGAUCUCCGUCAUCUUCUUACGGAACCCCUGAUUUCGGUAAUAAAUUCACUGAUAAAGGUCAAAAUUAUCGCGAAUCAGGGGUAAAUGACUCUAACGAACCAGCUAAAUAUGAAUUUAGCUAUGAAGUUGAUGAUCCAGACACAGGUACUAAGUUCGGUCAUUCAGAACAACGUGAUGGAGAUGUGACCACAGGGGAGUAUAAUGUAGUGCUUCCUGACGGCAGGAAGCAGGUGGUCGAGUACGAGGCAGAUCGUGAGGGUUACAAGCCCCAAAUCCGAUAUGAGGGUACUGGAAGCGGUUCUGGAUUAGGAUCUGGUUUUAGACGUGGAGAUCAAGGCAGAAACCAAGGGUUUAACGUUGCAAGUGCUAACGCUGACGCCUUCGCUGGUAGUAGUACUGGUUAUCCAUCUGGAAGUCAGCUUCAAGAUGGAAGAUAUCAACGGCCUGGUUUUGGCCAAGGCUCUAGUACCUCAGGUUAUCCUGGAGCGAAGCCAGAUGGACAAGGAUUUGAUGGACAAGGUCAAGGAUAUCCGGGUAGCAGCGGUGGUUACCCUAGUAGCGGUCCUCAAGUUGGGAGAAAUUACCCUGGAAAUCAAAGCGAUGGCGGCUAUUCUUCAGGACCUCAGAGUAGAGGGGGUAACCGAGGAGGCGGCAGAGGAUCUGGUGGUUUUGGUGGCGAGGACGGUUAUCCUAGUGGUGGUCCAAAUGGCCCUCGUGGUUCUGGAUAUUAAUUUUAAAUCUCAUACAUAUACAAACUUCAGGCAAAUCUAAGCUUAUACAGUGUUUUCUUUUAAAAUGAUGCUUCAAUGAAUAAACAAAGUGUAGUAAA